UCAAUCUCCAUGUAGAAAGAUCUAUCUGGGGAGAAAGAAUUAUACUUCUCACAAUGCUUUGUUCACGUCGGUUUAAAUAAAGUUUUGCUGUCAAUGAAAAGCAAGCCACGAAGCAAGUGUGACAGUGUAGGAUUUCCUGUAGGGGUAGAGCCAUGGAGAGGGAGGGCUUAGACAUGGCUGAGCUCUAUGUGAAGCCGGGUAAGGACAGCUGGGGCUGCGGGAUAGAUAUCUAUUAACUAUAGAAAAUAUUCUCAUUUAGUGAAAUGGGCAUUAGUCAUUUGUAAAAUCAGCUCUUAUUUGCUGCAGCUCCUUUGACAGUUUGUCUUGGCUGGCUGAGCUUGAUGGGCAUUAUAGUCCAUAACAACUGGACUGCCAAACUUACCUAUCGCAGAUCUAGUGGGUCAAUGUAAAGAGAAUAUGGGACACAUAAUAACAUGUAUAGGAACUGCUUGGCUCUGAGCGGUAAUGGGUGCCAUGGGAAAUAAGUUUAUAGAAUUAACCUGCUAAAGUACAAGGUGGCUUAGCUUCAUAAGGAAAAUUAGACCUUUGGGAAUUUUAUGAUAAAUAACUGCAUGAGCUGGGAAGAGAAUAUGUUAAUGGAAAUUAUUCCUGACCCUAUAAAUAUUAAUAUAGCAUACAUGGGAUGUUAGAGAAUUGCUGACUAUUAUUAUUCUACCUAAUAAUAAUAGCUCACAAUACAACUUACACAGCAACCAGUUUGUACAAAGUCUUCAUAUAUUACUUAUGGCUAAUUUUGUAUUAUGUAAAAAAAAAACACUUAUUAUAAGCAUAUACAUCUUUUGUUAGUGGAAUGUAUAUAUGUUUGAGCGACAUCCUGCAAUGUGUGCUUACUGUGUGUUGAAAAUGCAAAGGGAACACAAAGUGAGAAGCAAGUAAGAGCCUGCCCAACCAAAUUUCAUUAAAUUCCUCUAUUUACCAGUACCUGUGGUAUAUAAGGUCAGGUGUGUGCAUUGUCUAUAGGCCGUAAGUGGUGCUAGCCUAUGGAUGGGAUAGCUUUUGAGACCGCAGUGAUGGGAGUCUCCCUCUGCAUACCACCGUGAGUUGCAGGUCACUUGGCCAGUACUAACAAACAAUUAAAAAGUAUUAGAAAACAGCCCCAGAUGAAGAAAACUAGUGACAGACAAUUCAGCGCUAUACACACAGUUGACGUCAUAACAUGCAGAAAAUCUUGCCUUUACUUUGUGGCUUUUUGUGUCCAGGUAAUGCACAAGAAAAAAAACAAAAACAACUGCGACAAACUACUUAAGGGUCACUGGGGAGAUGUGAAAGACAUUCCUUCACCUCUGUUUUGUAACACACUCACAAUUACAGCACUAAUAAGAAGAAAAACUGUAUAUUUUUAUUUCUAUUGCUAAGUUGGGUGCCUAUAGCAAACAGGCACAUUUAUAAUGCUUACUGGAGACAACCUGCUUCCUUGUAGUCUAUGGGGAUGACACAGCGUUGAGUUUUUGAUCUUAUGAUCACAGGAAGAUUUUCUGUUACCACUCGACCCUGGAUUUAUUAACUACUAUUGUAAUAGGUCCCUGUCAAGGUGCAUGCAAUCUGUUCUUAUAUCCCAAUAGCAGGACUUUUUGCUUAGUGCCACUUGGAGCUAGAGUUAUGUAGGUCCGUGUUGUAUGUACAAGUAUGCAUAUAGACUGUAGGUGGAAAUGACACCUAAGUCAAGCACUACCCAGCAGUAGAAGUGGGAGUCUGGAAUUAAAGCCAUAUUGUAUUUUGCUGCUUAAGGGCUUUUUCUUGAAUAAACAUGCUUCUUGUUACACCAGACCUCCUGUUGUAACAUUUCACUACCACCCACAGCCAACUCUGAUUCAUUGGCUUGAACUUCAUUUCCUUUUCAUGAGCUAACCCGAUAGAGAUACAUGUAUCUUUUGAAAAAGUGACUUGGUCAUAACCUGGUUAGGGACACUAUCAAGCCAAAAUCCCUCUUAAAAUGUAUAACCAGGCAAGCACAUAUGACCAGAGGGUAAUUUGGUUAUGAUGUAAUAAACUAUUGACCUAUGUAAUUUCACAUACAGAACAAUCCAAGUUCCAAAAUCAGUAUUAUACCACUACUUUGUAUACUGUCAAGUAUCGACAGUUUCUGAUACAGUGAAUACUUUUUGUUAUGUGAAUGAGCAGUUUUUAAAACUUGCCCCUUUAAAGUGUUACACUAGUUCUGUCUGUUAUCCUUUUUCUCUUUUACGUUUAUGCCAAAAAUGGAGCAAUAUAGUAAAAGUACUCAUAUGCCAUACUUAUCUUUUAAAUAGGUAACCAGGAGAGGGGUUGGAAUGACCCACCCCAGUUUUCAUAUGGGCUGCAGACCCAGCAGGGAGGUGGAAAACGCACACCACUUAACAAGAGAGUACCUGCUCCUUUGCAUGGUUCCCCAGCAGGUAAGCAAGAAUAUGUAAGGUGGGGUGGUCGCUAAAAAUUUAAUGUAUAUCAAGCAUGCAGUAAUUCUGCCAUUUCUGAGUUAAAUGUAUAUCUCAUGGAUCAUGAUCUCAAUGAUAUAAUGACAUCUGCUGUCAUCACUAUUAUAGUGCAAUGUUUUAUAUUGCAGUGUUAAACCUACAGGACUAUAGCACCCAAGCCACUUCAUUGAGAUGAAGUGGCCUGGGUGAGUCUAGUGAUCCUUUAAAUAUUGUAUUGCCAAUCUUAAGCCACAUACAUAAUUUGGGUUUAUAUCAAACGUUGUUAAAAAAGGAGAGUGUAGGGAAUAUAGCCAUUUCAUCUCAUAGAAUUGGUUAUAGUACCUGGAAUCUUAUGAUACUGUCCCUCUAUUAAACAUUAAACCAUUUGCAAACAGCUUAAAGCAACACUAUAGGGUCAGGAACACAAACAUAUAUUCCUGACCCUAGAGUGCUAAAAACACCAUUUAGGUGUCUUGCCUCUCCAGAAAGGGUUAAAACUUACCUUAUUUCCAACUCUCCAAGGGUCUGCAGGUGCUUGCCCUUCCCCCAAUCCACCUCUUUGGCUGACAUCAUCAGAAUUGUGGAUCUCAGCCAAUUCAUUGCUUUCCCACAGGAAAAGUAUUGGAUUGGCUAAGAAAGCCAAGGAGGCUACUCCAUGUAGAGUGUGGAGACGCUGAACGGCAGUGCACGCCCCCAGGAAUCACCUCCAGUGGCCACUGGAGGUGUCCCUAGACUUUAAUGUAAACAUUGCCUUUUCAUUAAUCUGUAGAUCUACUGGUGACUAGUGUCCCUUUAAAAGAAAGGAAUGCACACCAUCUGAUACAAUAGUAUCUAUCUAUAUAUAUUUAUUACAAUACAAAUACAAGCCAUACAUACAAAAUGUAACAAUAUAACAGUGACCAAAUAGGCUAAACAACUCAACAAAUAUAUUUACCAAAUUCCACAAGCCUAUAUGGGCAGAAACAAGAGUCACAAACAAUCCCCCAACGUUUCGGCUCCUCCUGGUAGCCUUUAUCUGAUAGCUGAUAAAGGCUACCAGGAGGAGCCGAAACGUUGGGGGAUUGUUUGUGACUCGUGUUUCUGCCCAUAUAGGCUUGUGGAAUUUGGUAAAUAUAUUUGUUGAGUUGUUUAGCCUAUUUGGUCACUGUUAUUUUGUUACAUUUUGUAUGUAUGGCUUGUAUUUGUAUGGUAAUAAAUAUAUAUAGAUAGAUAAUAUUGUAUCAGAUGGUGUGCAUUCCUUUCUUUUGAGUAUUCACUUUAUUGUUAUUGGAGGGAGUACCUUUUUGGAAUAGCACCCUUAAUUGAGGUGGUGGUUAUAUUAAGUGUCUCUCCACACGUUACAAUUUGUAUGACUAGUGUCCCUUUAACACUAAAUAAGGAUCCCAUGCCACCCAUAUCUUAGUCAACACUGGAGGCAACAAUUACACACUUCCUUCUAACCAUACCAAGUCAUCCCAGCAAUGAUAGGCUUAAAAGCAGUCAACUGACACUCUCAGCCUAUCACAGCUUUCCACUACUGAUCAGGCUAAUGCUUCUACAUUAGCCUAAGCAGCACAGUGGGGAUGGGCUGCUGGGGACUCUUGUUUAGCAUUAAAACAUUCAAAAUGGGUAAAUGCUAAAUGGAAGGACAGCACCAAGGACUCCAUACACUAUAGCCAUUUCAGUGAGAUGAAGCAGUGAUAUUACUUGUAGUGUCCCAUUAAGAAUCCCUUUCUUCAACUGUGCAUUUAAAUAUAUAAUUUUGAAUCUUUGCUGCUACUGAAAUGUUCCUUAAGGUGGCUCUGUCUCAUUCUGCAUAUUUUUCAAAGACCUCUGAUGCUGAGUGCUCUGCUUGUAGUGCGGUGGCACUUGCUUGCAGGUUUUACUUAUCUGAACCUGUCCCCCGUAGCCACCAUCUUGAUCCGAUGCAUCCUCUUCAUCUCCUUGUGCUUCAUUCUUCAGGAGCCACUGUCAGCAGUGAUGUCUAUGGAGGAUCCCGUAAGACUGUUGGAGCCUCAACAGACAAAGGCUUUUACCACUCUGCCAUCACUAGUGACGGACGCAGUCUUGACAAAGCUUGACACCAGUAGCUUUGUUCAGAAGUGUAGGAAUAUAUAAGACAAGGUAGUCUCUACUUUGUCUUAUGAUACAGGGAGUGCAGAAUUAUUAGGCAAAUGAGUAUUUUGACCACAUCAUCCUCUUUAUGCAUGUUGUCUUACUCCAAGCUGUAUAGGCUCGAAAGCCUACUACCAAUUAAGCAUAUUAGGUGAUGUGCAUCUCUGUAAUGAGAAGGGUGUGGUCUAAUGACAUCAACACCCUAUAUCAGGUGUGCAUAAUUAUUAGGCAACUUCCUUUCCUUUGGCAAAAUGGGUCAAAGGAAGGACUUGACAGGCUCAGAAAAGUCAAAAAUAGUGAGAUAUCUUGCAGAGGGAUGCAGCACUCUUAAAAUUGCAAAGCUUCUGAGGCGUGAUCAUCGAACAAUCAAGCGUUUCAUUCAAAAUAGUCAACAGGGUCGCAAGAAGCGUGUGGAAAAACCAAGGCGCAAAAUAACUGCCCAUGAACUGAGAAAAGUCAAGCGUGCAGCUGCCACGAUACCACUUGCCACCAGUUUGGCCAUAUUUCAGAGCUGCAACAUCACUGGAGUGCCCAAAAGCACAAGGUGUGCAAUACUCAGAGACAUGGCCAAGGUAAGAAAGGCUGAAAGACGACCACCACUGAACAAGACACACAAGCUAAAACGUCAAGACUGGGCCAAGAAAUAUCUCAAGACUGAUGAAAUGAGAGUGAGUCUUGAUGGGCCAGAUGGAUGGGCCCGUGGCUGGAUUGGUAAAGGGCAGAGAGCUCCAGUCCGACUCAGACGCCAGCAAGGUGGAGGUGGAGUACUGGUUUGGGCUGGUAUCAUCAAAAGAUGAGCUUGUUAGCCUUUUCGGGUUGAGGAUGGAGUCAAGCUCAACUCCCAGUCCUACUGCCAGUUCCUGGAAGACACCUUCUUCAAGCAGUGGUACAGGAAGAAGUCUGCAUCCUUCAAGAAAAACAUGAUUUUCAUGCAGGACAAUGCUGCAUCACACGCGUCCAAGUACUCCACAGCGUGGCUGGCAAGAAAGGGUAUAAAAGAAGAAAAUCUAAUGACAUGGCCUCCUUGUUCACCUGAUCUGAACCCCAUUGAGAACCUGUGGUCCAUCAUCAAAUGUGAGAUUUACAAGGAGGGAAAACAGUACACCUCUCUGAACAGUGUCUGGGAGGCUGUGGUUGCUGCUGCACGCAAUAUUGAUGGUGAACAGAUCAAAACACUGACAGAAUCCAUGGAUGGCGGGCUUUUGAGUGUCCUUGCAAAGAAAGGUGGCUAUAUUGGUCACUGAUUUGUUUUUGUUUUGUUUUUGAAUGUCAGAAAUGUAUAUUUGUGAAUGUUGAGAUGUUAUAUUGGUUUCACUGGUAAUAAUAAAUAAUUGAAAUGGGUAUAUAUUUGUUUUUUGUUAAGUUGCCUAAUAAUUAUGCACAGUAAUAGUCACCUGCACACACAGAUAUCCCCUAACAUAGCUAAAACUAAAAACAAACUAAAAACUACUUCCAAAAAUAUUCAGCUUUGAUAUUAAUGAGUUUUUUGGGUUCAUUGAGAACAUGGUUGUUGUUCAAUAAUAAAAUUAAUCCUCAAAAAUACAACUUGCCUAAUAAUUCUGCACUCCCUGUAUAUUUUGACUUGGUUUUGAAUUUCAGUGAAAUCUUUGCGGGAUGGGGAUAGUGACAGAGCAAUGAACCCAAUUUAUGUGCCUCUAUACUAUACAAAUAUGCUAGUUUACUAACUGGGUUACUCACUAAAGUGCAAAUUGUUCUGUAGAAUUUCAAAUUUAAGGCAAAAUAGCAAAAUUGGAAACAUGAAACUUUGAGAAUUUUUACAGUUUGGAUAUUUUAGCCUUAAAUUUUAGAUUCACUUUGAUUCUUGAUAAUUCUCACACCCUGUCAGCAUUAUAAUUAUGUUUUAUUGUGUCACUGAAGAAAUACUGUUUUAUCUUAGCAUCAAACUAUUUUAAAGAAAUAUACUAAUGGAUAUACCUCAAGUUUUGUUUUUCUUCUUUGUCCAGAAAUUCCUCCUGGUAAACUGCUUCUUCACAAUGUUAAGCGCCUGAAUUAUUUUAUUAAUAGUUAUGAUUUUAGCUAUUUAUGUUUUCCUACCAAACAUCACACUUCCCAUUUGCAAGGAGUGGCUCAUGUAUUCAUAUUCUGUGGUUAUGAGAUCUAUUGUUGAAAAUAGAACAUCAUGUAAGGAAGUGGAAUGACCCUGAUGAUUGCUCCAAAACUGUUGUCUAUUAAUUACCUCCUUUGUAUUUCUCAUGCGUAUGAAAUGUUAACAUGCCUUUUAAUUUCAGUUCCUGCUGCGUCCUCCAUUCCUUCUUCCACACCACCAAAGAUCCCACCACCUUGUUCUACGAGCACUUUUGGACCUCCACCUGUAGGGCAAACUGCAUUACCUCCUAAAACAGAGGCAUUGAAGUCUUGUACCAGUCAGACAGAAGUGGCGUGUCACAUUGAUGUGCAGGACAUUUUAACUCCAUUGCAAAAUACGCUGGAAGCCUGCAGGGAUUUAAUCAAGGUAACUAAAAACAAUUAAUGGGUAAAAGUAUACAAAUAUUGAAUACUUUAUUUUAUUUGCUUUAAAAGGAAGGGAUGCAUAUUAAACAGAACUUUUAUCAGCCCCUAUGGCUCUAUUUAGAUGCUUUUAUUUAAUCUGUAUGUUGAUUGUAAUAUUUUAACCUGGUGUGCUUCAACCUCCCUAGAAACAAGUGUUCAACGAUAUUAGCAAGAGAUUAACCAUGUUAGAAGAAAUGUGGAACAGUGGAAAACUGUCCCCACCCGUACACAAGAGAAUGAUCGUCCUAGUAAAAGGUAAAUAUGGAUCAGUACAUGGAAUGCCAACAAAGUUUAAUACAAAACCCAAUAAUUUAGAUUUUCAAUAGGUUAACCCCUAAAGAAACACUAAACCUCUAGUUGAAUUUUGGUAUAUUUAAUAGAUGAUAAUCUUAAUAUGAAUAUGCUACCUGAAUGCUGUGCAGAAUGACAUACAGUGGAACCUCGGAACUCGAACUUAAUCGGUUCUAGAAGGCUAUUCGAGUUAUGAUUUGUUUGAGAACCGAAUCAACAUUUCCCAUAGGAAUUAAUGUACAUUUGUUUAAUCCGUUCCAGACCCCCCAAAUUACAUGGAUGGGGAUAGGUAACUGUUCUUCUGGCAUUACAUACAAAAGCAUAUACAAUGGCUGUAUCAGGUUCAAAAUAUCUAAUACCCCUCUUUCCUCUGCUUGUAUCCUUAUGUCCAUAGUCCCUCUUCCCUUACUCGUGUCCCUUUGUCCUCUGGUGUCCUUCUCCUCAUAUUUUCCUCUUUCCCCUUGCAUAAUAAUUCUGUCCACAUCCCUUCACCCUUUACUUGUGUGCCUCUGCUCUCCGGUUUUCCUCUAUCUAUAUUCCCCUCUCUCCCUUUACAUAGUCCAUCUGCCCAUAUUUCUUCAUCUCACACUUGUAUACCAUGCUUCCCCACACUUGUGUCCCUCUGUGAAUGCCGCGGGUACCAAGGAUCGUUCGCGUACCAAGACAAUUUUGUUACGCUAAAUUUUUUUUACUUCCGACUUGUUCGAGAAUGGGAACAUUCGAAUUCCGAGGUUCCACUGUAUAUCUUUGCAGAGGCACACUUAUUUUGAUUGACUGGGCCCUUUAGACAUAUAAGUUCUGUCCCACUGCCCCAUAUCUUGCAACAUUCUAGACCAGUGGAUCACCAACAAUGCAGCUUUGUCAGUAUCUCCAUUGGAAUAGAAAAGGUAAAUGCAUUAAUCCUGGAUUGUUUGUGGGCCACAAGGACUGGUUUGGAAACCACUGGUCUAGACAUGACGUCAGUCCAAUCCAGUGUUUCUCAUAAAAAUGUAGUAGAUAUACCCCAAAUUAAAACAUACAUUUAUUUUAUUGGCGAUAUACCCAAGCACAGCUUGCAAAAGCUGCAGUUUUCUAGUCUUCUGAUUUUGCAAUGCCUCCCUUCUAACCCCGCCUAAACUUUCUGUGGCUGUCCAAUCACAGACUUCCCAAAGUAGCUCAGUGAGCACUCUUUGCAAGGCAGGUACUCUGGGCAAUUACUGCAUCUUGCUUUUAGUAUAUUGAGCUAACGGGGGAGGGAGAGAGGAGGCAGGGGAGGGGUUUAACAAGGUAAAUUUAUAAAAAAUGUCAACUUCUAUUGAAAUCAGCAUUUUUUGUAUAAUGAAAAAAAGAGGACACAUUCUUCACACAAAAAGCAUUUUUAGCAAGCUAAAAUGUUUUAGGGAUCUGGAGUGUCCUUUUAACUAAACACAGGCACCAUAUUAAUCAUCUCUCCUCUGAAAAUGUUUUCAUCCUUUUAGAUUGUGAGCUUGUUUGAACAGGGCCCUCUUCACCUCUUGUCUCUGUAAACAUUACCUUUUUUUUUUUUAACAUUUGUUUUAGAUCCACAAGGUUUUAUUGUAGAGCACUAAAGAAUAUAUCGGUGCUGUUUAAAUUAUAAUAUUAAUAGUGAUAUGUAGUUUUUACUGUAUCAUAAAAUACUUUAGGACUGCAUUAGUAUAUUUAUUAAAAUGUCGUCAUUGUGAACUAAAAUUCUUAUCAAUGAGAAAACAAAAAUCUGACAAAAAGAUAAAAGGAAGGAAGGAAAUCUUUCCAAAUUAGUGCAAUAUAUGGAGAAUAUCACCUUAUUGUUGCUCAUACCGAAAAGGAGCAACAUAUACACUGCCCCCCAAAAAAAGCCUACAAAACCACCAUGUUUUUGGUAGAUUUGUAAGCUAAAAUUCUUAUCAGUCCCAGCCAACCACUGAAGGUUGACUAAAGUUAUAUUUCACAUUGGCUAUUUAAUGGCUUUCAGACAGCUGCUUGAGGCAUGUUUUCUUGCAUGUGUUAACAUUUGCUGUUUCUUAGUAACAUCAAUAUUAUGCAUUUCCAUUAGAAAGGGACAUGUUUGUGGACAAAAUCCAUUAAUUGGAAUUUCCCUUUAAUAAAAAAAUGAAAUAAACUUAUUGUUUUACUUUUUAUAAGAACUGUAAACAAUAUUUGAUUGAAUCCUCAUACUAACCACUAAGUUGAUCCCUUUUGAUGGUUUAUUAUUAAUGCAUUGUUCAUUGUAUUCAAUGUUAAUGGCAAAGUAUUAUUAGCAAGAUGCACAGCUGUAAUCAUUAAAGAACCACUAUAGUGCCAGGAAAACAAACUCGUUUUCCUGGCUCUAUAGGGUCUUUGGGUCCCCCUCCUGCCGGGCUCAAGAGGGUUAAAUUCUUACCUUUCUCCAGCGCAGGGCUCCCUUGGCGCUGGGGACUUUCCUCCCUCUUCCAACAUCAUCCGCUGAAUGCGCGUGCGCAGCAAGAGCCGCAUGCGCAUUCAGUCAUUCCAUAGGAAAGCAAUUCUCAAUGCUUUCCUAUGGACGCUGGCGUCUUCUCACUGUGAAAAUCACAGUGAGAAGCGCAGAAGCGCCUCUAGCGGCUGUCAAUGAGACAGCCACUAGAGGCUGGAUUAACCCCAAUAUAAACAUAGCAGUUUCUAGCUGCAGGGUUAACCCUACAUGGACCUGGCACCCAGACCACUUCAUUGAGCUGAAGUGGUCUGGGUGCCUAUAGUGGUCCUUCAAUCUUUCUGAUUUCUAAAAUGAGAAAUGGAAAUUAGCGCAUUAAAAAAGCAAAUGAAGCAAAACCUAGUCAAGUGAUUGAAAACAAUUUACAUCCAAGACCACCAAUAAAUGUAAAUAGUUUUUUUUUUUUUAGCUCAACAUGGCUAUAUAUCUUGUGGACUGAGGUUUUUAAAGGGAGUCUAUAGUGUUAGGAAUACAAAUCUGUAUUCCUAACACUAAAGAGCCCCCCACCCCACCCCCCCAGCCAAUAAAGGGUUAAAAAAAAACUUUACUUACUCACCUGAUUCCAGUGCCAAUGUCCUCGGUCAUCAUCCAACAUGAAGUGGGGACUAAUGCGCAAUGCUUUCCUAUGGAGAUUUUACUGACGCUGGAUGUCCUCAUGUAGUCUGGUAAAAAAAGUGCCUUUAGGCUGACAUAGUGCUGCAAUGUAAACAUUGCAGUUUCUCGAAAACUGCAAUGAUUUACAUUGCAGGACUAAGGGGGACUGGGACACUGCACCCAGAUCACUUCAGUGAGCUAAUGUGGUCUGGGUGCCUAUAGUUUCCCCUUUAAGCAGUAAAAUGGCCUUUUCCGGUAUUACAAAAGAUGUUCGAUUUAGGAUAUGUUUUAUGGGGCGCUGUGUAAAUAGUAAUUCUGGAGGAAAUGCAUAUGGUUUAUAAAAUGAAAAAUACUAACAAAAAUGUAUUCAUAGAAGAAAGUGGUGCGAACAGUAGGAACAUUCCAUUAGUUUUAAUAAUCCCCAUUCUCCCUAAAGCAGCUGAAACCAAUUAUGUUGUGGAAUGUUUAUGUUUACAGAUUCAUGUAUAUUUUAUAUAAUAUGGCAAUUAAAAUAUAUUUUCUCAGAGUAAAACAAAAAUUAAAUAAUAAACUUGUAUUUUUAGAACUGAAGUGUCAGAAUUGGGAUACAGCAGAUGAAAUUCAUAGGUCUCUUAUGGUGGAUCAUGUGAACGAGGUCAGCCAGUGGAUGGUUGGAGUAAAGCGCUUAAUUGCCGAAGCAAGGAACUUACCCACUCAAUCUCUUGCUGCAAAAGAUGAAAUGCCAGAUGAUGGCACUGAGGAUGACACUACUCAGUAGAUUUAAAGAAGGUCUCUACCUCUAUAUUGCAAUGCAAUCUCUAGGCAGUAUCAACACAAUUGUUUCCACAAGAACUAAGUUCAUGUUUUGCUAUUGAUUUUAGAGUUCUGUAAAAUGGAUAUCAUUGUGCAACCCCUUCUCAAAUGAUACUCUGUAAAUUUGUUGGUAUUUAUUAAUUGCUGAAAUGGGAUGAUAGUUUAUUUUUCACCAAAUUUUAAGGAAGAAAAAAUACUAUCGUUACACAUUCCUUAUGUUAUUCAGUCCUAUUAACACUAACAGGAAUACCCACAAAUAUUUUUUUUCUUUUUCUAACAAGCAGUUUUGAUUGUUCUGUCAUUUUGAAUACAUUUGUUAACAUUUCUGUAAAAGAGAAUCAAGUUUGAUUUUGUUUUAUUUAAUUUGUAGUUUACAUAUACAAUUUUAGAUAUCCAGUGGAUUGGCUUACAAUCGCUGUGGCUAGGAAAUUAACUUCUUAUAUUAAAAGUUAUUGGCAGGAACAUUGCAACAGAAUACAGAGCUUUGCGGUGGGAAUCAAGGUUCCAAUAGACCAGUUCCCACCAGAAAAAGAAGUCAACAUUACUGAUAUCCUUGUCUUUCUUCUUGCUUGGGAAGAACAUUUUUCAGGGAGGAAGGAGGCUUGUUGGUGAAAUCAAGGUAUUAGGCAAACAGAACUAAGCACCAUAGGAUUUUGUAUCCUUUGACCAAUACCUGUUGGACUCAAAACCCGCAGACUAACCAUAAUGGGUAUCUACAUGUGGCUGUGUGUUUUUUUUUUUGUGAUAAAAAAAGAUGUGCUAAAACUAAAUACUAGCUAGUAAUCCCACAAUCACCACCCUUUCUGGUUUGGCAGAGACAGUCCUGAAUAGAGAGGUAUAUACAGAGUACUAAGAUUACCAGUAUAUCUUGGAUAGCAGGGUAUGGGAGUAGGCAGGGGGGCAGGGAGCGUUGCUUGCAAGGGAGAAACUCAUUACGUCUGCAGCCAGUCUGCUGAUGCCAGAUGUAAAUUUUGCACAGAAUUUACAUUAGGCAGCUCUGAACGUUGUCACAUGUGCCUGUGGUACAACUGGCUCCCGACACAAAACUGCAGAUUACCUUGUAUCAGCAAAGUUUCAAGCUUAAACGCUGCACAUACAGACUCUUACCACCAUGCCCACUUAUGAUAAACUGAUCAUGGUGGUUGAAGAAACCCUUAAAUGUAAAUUUUCAAACGUGUUUUAUUUUGGGGACAUUCAGAUCACGCGUGUCCCACUACUGUAAACACCCCAUAUUUGUGUUCUGCUACUGUUCUCAAUUAUACACCACAUGUAUACAUUUUUGCCUAAUCCUGACUCUAAUCCUACUUCAGAUGGAUUCUUUCUGCAAACGUCCAGACUGACAUCAGCAGAGGGAUUUCCCAGCUCACACAGUAAAGAACGCUUGGUGAGCUCUCUAUAAUUGUGAUUGCAGCAUGAGGGACAUUUCCCUGUCAUGCUGCAGCUCUUCUAAAUAGUGAUCAGUGCUGGACUGCUUGCAAAGCCCAGCGCUGAUCAUUGGGCAAAGGGGCAUGCAGGGAGAACUCACCAGGGGGUAUUACGUAAAUCGCUCAUUCGCAGAUUUUAUAAGGAUUAAUGGGACUAUGGGCAAUGCUCACUUUGAGUGCUGUGCAUAGUUAAAAUGUCAGCCUGGAGCCACUAGUUUUAACUCAACGAGUUACCCAAGAUGCCAAGAUAAACAUUAUGUUGUAAUCUGCAACACAUGAACUUACUACUAUUAAAAACCACUGGUGCCUCACAUUGUUAAUUUCAGGAACUCCCCGAUCUGUCUGUUACGAAUAUUGGCCUAGUCUUAGGCAUGCAAUCAAGCUCUCUAAAUAAGAUAGCCCCAUGGAAUAUUCUUACUACAGGCUCAAGUUACACGAAAGUCCUAGCAUUACAUCAAACCCGGUAUUUUUCGCUCUGUCAGUCUCAGGCUGCAGCACAAGCUCGCAUCGUGUUCCUCUCGGAUUUGGUUCUCCUGUGAGCCGACGUCGGAGUCCCUGGAGAGGAUGGUUCUUCUCCUCCGGACUCGAAGCUCAGGUGAGCAGUUGCGGGGAUCAGACGCUCCAGCUAGGCAUGGAGAUGGGAGCAGCAGACGAGAGAGUUUUACCUGGAUGAUUGCUGUGCGCCUCAGUAGCAUGGCUCAGUAUCGGAAACAGAGGCUCUCCAGCACCUUCUUGCGUGUUUCAGCUUGUAGGUAAAUUUGGUGAAUGGCCACCAUUUUGGUAGCAGGGCGCAGGAAUCUGAAUAACACGUUAGCUUGAUUUCCUUCUCCUUAAUGUUGGAUCCUUCCAGUGGGGACUGGGAUGACCCCCACCAGGAAGGGGAUAGGGCCUGUGUGAGAGCUGGAGAGGAGAGCAGGGCAGCAGCCGUCAUAGAGGGGGAUUAUUGCUGUAAGUGCAGCUUUAAUGCUAUAUGUUUGAGAUUAAUUUUGCAAGUGUGAGUUUAAUGUAAGUUGGUGCUAUUUAAAUUCCAUUAAUAAUAAUAACACAACACUAAUGUGUGUUAGUGCUGCAGUUGAGUCUAGAGACGAGUGUGUGUCUGGAAGUAAGGAUCUUUCCCUGUGUAGUUUGGGAGGUACAGAUAUGUGUGUGUGUACUCAAGUAAGUAAAGAUCUGCAGCCCCCAUAGUAGAAAAUUACUUGCCCAGUGGCCUGGUAAUUGUUUUAUACCCUCUUAUGAUUCUCUGGGAAUUGUAGUUCAGCAACAUCUGGAAUGCCAGGGUUUGGAGAACACUGCUGUUGAUAGAAAAAUGUCUCAUCCCUAAGAAAAAUGCGUGGAAUUAAGAGCAAAUGUGUAAAAUGAACUUAUAGCUCCUCCCCCUCUCCUAUUGUAAGCAUUGCAGAGCUUAACUCAAAAAAAGCUAACAGAAGUUCAUUGGCUCUCUGGCAUUGGUAGUGGAAGCAGGGAGCAACGCCUGGCGGACCCCAGGUAAGCAAAGUGGUAGAAAAAAAACCAUAUUUCUUACAAUAGAAUGGCACCAGGGCAUUCCUAGCACCAUAACCACUACAGCUAGCUCUUCUGGUUGUGGUGCUUGAAGUGUUCCUUUAAGGACCAAUUCCCCAUUGACUUGGCAGACACUAUCAAAGACUGAGAUGGUAGGAGGGCUGUUAUUCUAAAAAUCUAGCCUGACCUCCACAUCAGAUGUAGAGGCAGAAAGUAAACUAUAUGGUCUUUUAAUAGGGGACACUAAACUCUUCCAAUAGAUUUACUGAACUCUUCUAGCCCUUUGAUUCUUCCUCCUGUGAGACUAAGCCAACUAACAUGGCUCAUAAACAUAUUUAGAACCUAAAGAAAGCCAUGGGGACGGUCUUAAAUAUCUGUGAAAUAUAGCUUCUUGAGGCGUAUCAGACUUACAGUAUUUGUAUUACAACUCCCUUCCUCUGUUGUAGAGGGCCAAGUCACAGGCUCAUGGACCAUUCCUUACAAAGCUAAGUGCCUACUUUUUCAUAAAAGUUUCCAGUUCCGUUUCUGGUUUCCUGAUUUUUGUGUAAUAACAUCCAGGCAUUAUUCUCCAUAAUACAGAAUUUGAUGUUCACUUUGAAGUAAAUAUGCUGGUAACAGGGGCAGCACUGUGCAUAUAUAAAAAGAUUAGUCACAUUUUUUCUCCUGGGCAGAAACUGUUGUCAGUUUAAUUUAACCCUCUUCGGAAAAUGAUAUGGUGGGGGAGUGGCUGAGGAGACAGAAACAGGACAACUCUGCCAUUGAUUUAGCAUUGACAGAAUUUAGCAAACUACCUGGACUGCCAUCUGCAGGGAUUAUCUAGGACUAUUCUGUGUAUUCCUAAACAGUUCUUCCAGCAGGGUUGUGUAGUCUUCUGAUUUACCAUGUCUUUUAAUUGAGUAUUCUGUGUUCUGAUCUGCUCUAUAGCUGGAGUAAUCACCUGCAAUUC